GUUUUGUUGCAAGCAUUUCCGAGAAUGCGCGUCGUGUAUUAUCUGUAUUUACACCUGUCAAAAAAGCCGUGGCGAAAUUGGACAAAGGUUUCGAGUCGUAAUUUGUGUAAAUCUAAUAAAAUGACAGAUAAUUCGCCACCAGGAUCAAGUGACGGUGAUGACCCCAUCGAUAGAUCUGCGUCCAAUGUCCCGCCAAAUAAUUUCGAAAGCCUUUUGUCUAGAUUUAGAGCUAUGGACGUAGAUAGUGCUCGGAGGUAUUUAGCCCUCAAACUUGGUAUAAUUAGCCAAGAACCUGAAUCAACAGAACCAAUAGAAAAAGUUUUGGAUGAAGUUAAUUUGGACGGAAUAGUAAAGUGGAUCAAAGGCAACAGAUGCAAAAAUAUCAUCACAUUGGCUGGCGCGGGAAUUUCAACUUCGGCGGGCAUUCCCGACUUCCGUAGCCCAGAAACAGGCUUGUACCACAACCUGCAAAAGUACAACCUUCCCGAGCCCCAAGCUAUAUUUGAAAUCAACUUCUUUCGACAAAACCCCAAACCGUUUUUCACACUAGCCAAAGAGUUGUUCCCGGGAAGCUUCAAACCCACAGUGUCACAUUAUUUCAUCAGGCUACUGUAUGAAAAAGGUCUAUUACUGAGGCACUACACUCAAAACAUUGACACCUUAGAGAGAGGAGCCGGCAUUCCAGAGGAGAAGCUAGUAGAGGCUCAUGGCACUUUCUACACAGCACACUGUCUCGAAUGUCGUAAAGAGUAUGGUCUUGAAUUUGUGAAAGAAAGAAUAUUCGCCGACCAAAUACCAAUAUGCACGGAGUGUCCAGGAGUAGUGAAGCCAGAUAUAGUGUUCUUCGGAGAGGGUUUGCCUGAGCGCUUCCAGAGAUGUCUCCACGAAGACUUCGAGCGCUGUGACCUGCUCAUCAUCAUGGGAUCAUCGCUAGAAGUACAGCCGUUUGCCUCGCUUAUUGAUAUGGUCCCCGAUUGGUGCCCGCGUUUGCUAAUAAACCGCGAGAAGGCGGGGGUGCGUUCGCCGCUGCUGCGGCUGUGGGGUCUGUCGGGCGGCGGGCUGCAGCUGGACGAGGACGCCGUGAGGGACGUGGCGCGCCUCGGGGACUGCGACGCCGGCUGUCGCGACCUCGCCGCCCGCCUCGGCUGGGGGGACGAGCUCCGGGCGCUGGUGACGUCGCAGCACCUCCCGGCCGCGCCUCACGCCGCCGUCGCCGGGACCUCAGAACCCAAGCUAUGAUCAUCCACUGGUCUCAGGUGCUCAUGUGACUAUUUACUGAUCUAUAUUUUUUCAUCGAUUAUACCAAACAUUUCGGCGAGCUGUGGCUAAAAUACAUUAAUUUUAAAUGGUUAUGUCACACAAGCUUUAUGACUGAUUUUGAAAAUAAUAAUGAUUCCAGAUAUUUUUCAUACCAAUAUUAAUUUGUAAGAUUCAAGAAUUUGACUGUGAAGUCGUAUAAUUUUCAAAUCUCACAUCAACUUGUCCCAAAAUCUUAUCUGACAUCUUGUACAAGAUUUUGUAAGUAAAAAAAUGAAAGAUUCUCAUGAAAUCGAUGAAACUCCGCCUCUUUGCCUCCAGAACACAAUUUUUGCGGUGAUUUCAAUACCGUACAAUAAAAAUCACUUACUAACAAAAAGUAGCCCUGUGGCCUCAAAUCAUCAAAAUAUAUAUAUAUCAUAUCCGCUCAGCAUUAACAGAAAAUAUGUUAUGAUAUAAAAAAAUGUCACCAUAUUCAUACCUAUUACAUAUAAAUUGUAUAUAAGUAUUAGGCCAGUAUAUGUAUGUAACCGUAUUGUCUUAUUUAUCUAAUGAAUAAUAUUUUUGCUCGUACAUUAUGAAUAUUAAAGCAUAAUUUUGGACAAAUUAUUGACUUCAGUCACAAUUAAAUUCAAAUCAUUUAUUCAGAAAUUAGACCUUCACAGGCACUUUUUCGCGUCAAUUUUUAUAUUAAAUAGUUAUUUCACACAAGCUACAAACUACAACUUAAACAAAAUAAUUAGGUGAAAAUUAUACUAUAGAAUAUUUUUUCUGAAUUAUACACACGUUUUUAUGCUUUAUAUUAAUAAUGCAUAAAAACGUGUGCAUAAUUCACAACCAAACAAAAUAUUUUUUUUGGCAUUGGUUCUUUACAUCUUAUGUAUAUGUUUCUAUAAUAUCCAUAUUUUUCAUCUGCUCGGCCAUAUUUAUUUAUAAUGUCGCGAAAUAUCACUUGCGAUAUUGUUGUUAUAAAAUAUUACUUGUGUUUUAGUUACAAUAUUUUAUUUAUUAUUACACGAAUUAUGUCAUACAAACAUAAUAAUUGUUAUUGUGAAUUACUAUCGAUUGCUACAAGAUAUGAUAUCAAAUAUGAAUGAAUAGAAUAUAUCCAUUUGGACUAAGACAAUGGGAAUUCUAUUGUUAUAUGUCAAUGGACACGAAAUUAUGGAAUAAAAUCAAUUAAAUUGUUAGAAUGCACACAAUAGCAAUAGUAAUUGCAUACCAUUCAGUACUUAGGUGCAUACAACUGUGAUUCAAGUAGUCACUUAAUGCAUUUUGGGACUCGAACAUGUAAAUAUAAACCACAUUUUGCAUCCAAACCUGAGGGCGAAGUGCGGGUUUGCAUUUCACUUCUCACUUUCGAAUCGAUUCGAAGUGAGACGCAGCGAACCAAUCACAUUGCAGUGUGGUUGUCGUUGCGUCACAAUGGCGCAACGUGAUUGGUUCGCUGCCUCUCACUUCGAAUCAACUCGAUAGUGAGAAGUGAAAUCCAAACCACCACAAAGCCCACUAUAGUCUGUCUUGUCUGCUAUGUCUAAACCGCUCCACCGAUUUUGAUAAAAUUUGGUAUAGCUACGAACGUGAAAAACGUGUUACUUUUAUACAUUUAGGGACAUCCAAUCAUCUGGGUGAACAACUACGGUAGGACUACGAGAACAUCAUCUACUGUACCCGUUGUCCUACUAGUAGGACCAUGCUGCAUGUAUAGGUACGACCAAUGGACAGUAUACACAGGCUAAAAUUGUGACGCGAUCUGAUGGACCAUUCCUUAUAUAAUUCUCAUUGCCUCAUUUUCACUGAAAUUAUGUGUUCGAGUCCAAUCUACUUUUUUUUUAUAUUUGGGAGAAAUUCCGACCUAGGUUAGUACGUUGUUUUUAGCUAAAAGCAGUGUUCGCUUAAUAAUUGUAUUGAUUUAGCUGCAGUAAGCAAGGUACAUAUUAAAUUAAGGCACACUAAAUUCAUGAUCGACCGAUGGAAAUAAUAACGUGUAAGUAAUAAAAAAAUAAACCAUAUUAAUAUAUUCUGUCUCGUUCUGUCAAUGUAAAAAUCGUUAGGUGCGAUAGUGACAAAACAUACUUUAGCUUAAAGUAAACUAAGUUUUUAAUGAAGAUGGUUUAUUAUGCAAGUGUGCGUCCAUAAUUAAUAUUGGAUGUAGCUAACUAAGUUAAAUUCUGUGGCUAUAUUCACAUUUAUUUGGCGAAUACUGAGUAAAUAUAUUUUUAGUAGUAGUCUCUCUCAUUCUCAUUGAUUUGCGUUCGGGGCUGUGGACGCCGCGGAACCUGGGGUCAGCUUAAAAAAUUACCUUAACAUUUUGAAGACUGCUGUGAUUUUACUACCGUCCGCCUGCCUGACGUCAACCCUGCUGCUAUUGUUACUUAUCUAGUUUCUAGGCUGUGUCCCUUAGUCGCCUCGUACGACAUUAACGUGAGGAUAUGGAGUGGUCCUAUUCUAGAGCGGAACCAUACGCCACAUAUUUAGUACGUAGUCAUCAGCAUGUCAAGAUACCCUGCAUGGGUCUCUAUGCGGCGGUAAUAGAGGCGAAUUUGCAAUGAAUUUGGCUAGUUCGAUACGGAAUGUCCGUUGGAAUAAAUUACCGGCUUUAUUUAUGAAAUUUUCUGAAUACCACACGAAAUCAAUUCAUAUUACUUUUUUUCACAGAUCUUUGUUUUAUUGUAUACAUUUCACUCAGCGGACAUUUUUACGUGUUUAUAUAAUAGUGCCUCGUAAUUAAAAUAUUUAUUGUGUAGCAGUUUUAGUUUGGGAUGUGAAUAGCAAUAAGUAUAACAAUAGAUUUUGAUCGACAUUUUGAAAUUUGUAGAAAAGUAGGAAGAUUAUAUUUACGCAAAUAAAAUUGAUCAGAAUCUGUUGUUACUUUGAACUAAAAAUAUAAUACGAGUCAGUAAAUUAACAACGCAUCUAUCGCUUUUUGUUUUUGUUACAUUUAUUUACUCACUAAAAGUCUUCACCAAUUUUAUAUUGCCUUGCCUUGAAUUAUAUUUAUUUGGUCGAUUAAUUUACUGAAUUGCAUUAUAAAUCAGAGUUUAGUGGUAAUUUAUUUAUUAGACAAUUUAUUUAAAAGUAUACAAUUUUUGUUCAUUAUUCAAUUGUUUUUUUUUUCUUCAAAUAAUGACACGUCUUAUGAUACGGAUAUGUUUUGUAUAUCAGCGCAUUGUAUAUAUAUACAAUGCGAUAUCAAAUUAAAAAUCCUAGUGAUAAUUAUUUUUAUAAGGGGAAUAAAAUGCGGUAUAAUAUUUAUAAUUAAUGUGUGUAAGACCUGUAUCUAUGUGAAUAAUGAUGAUCUUAAUUCUGUUAUGCCCCACGAAAUACCCGAUUUACAAUUCCAUAUUAACAUUUUAUGUUGUUUUUGUUCUUAUGAAACGGUAAUUAAAUGUGUAAUGGUGCCAUUCUUUUACAAAGAGUUUUACGUUUUUUUAAAUAUAAUAUUAUCAAAUCUAAAAAUGAAAAGAUGUUGAGAUGAUAUUUAUGAAUCUAUUUUGCGUUACCUAAUAAACCGAAAAGUUCCUACAAUGUUCAUCAAAUUGUAUAUAAUAUGUUCAGAAAAAGCAAUAAAGUUUUCCGAAGCUUCCAAUAUUAUAAUUAUGAAUUCCAAAAAAGUAUACAUACAAGUUACAAUGAAAUAUCUAUAAAUUACUGUGUAUGAAAUUGAAUGCUUAUCUCUAUUUUAUAUUGUAUGCGAUAACAAUAAAACAGCCUUUAAAAAUAUACCAGCUUUUUAUUGAAGAUAAUAUUUACAAAAUUGCGAAAUAUCGAUAAAUAUAUGUUAAGAAGUAGUCAAUUAGGUGCAUACUGUUUUUGGACAUAUAAUUUUUUAGUACAUGUCAAUGUAAUGGACAAGAACUGUUAACAAUAACCAUUAUUCAAAUUAAAUGGCUAUAUUUCUAUUUCA